AUGAAGACUCCUCCAAAUUCAGAAGAUGAACUAGAAGAAGACAACGAUUCUGAUGACGCAUGUCCAGUGUUUAGGGAGGGUGCAAGAUUUGGUGAGUUGCAUCUUGAGGUGGGUAUGAAAUUUGGCACAAAGUGGGACUUUAGAAAAGCUGUUAGGGAGUAUACAAUUCAAGAGGGUAGGCGCAUACGCCUUGCGAAGAACGAUAACAUAAGGUGCAGGGCAGUUUGUAAGGUUAAGGAGUGUCCUUGGGUGGUUUAUGCAUCAAGGGACUAUGAGAACAAUUGUUGGCAGAUCAAAACCUUUAAUGACGACCACACAUGUCCCAGGGAAGACAAAAAUAAGGCUGCUAAUAGGAAUUGGGUCUGCAACGAGCUUGUGAAGAAGGAUGCGAACCAUCAUAUCUACGUCAUUGCAUGGGCAAUUGUGGAGAUAGAGAAUAGGGAGAGAUGGAAGUGGUUUCUUGAAUUACUGCAUCUAGACUUAGAACACUACAAAGAAAAUGGCUGGUGCUUUAUAUCCGAUAUGCAAAAGGGACUAAUAUCAGUAGUGCAAGAGGAAUGUGCAAGGGCAACGACUCAUCAAGAGUUCAGGGAUGGAAUGGACAAGAUAAAAAGACCGAAUGAAGAUGCAUGGGCAUAUUUAGAUAAAUGGCAAAGAGAUGCAUGGACUAGAAGCGCAUUCAGCCAUAAGCCGAAGUUGGGUAGCAUUUGUAACAAUGCAUGCGAGGUGUUCAAUGCAAAGAUCAAGGCUGUGAGAACCAAGCCCAUUAUAACAUUGUUGGAGGAGGUUCGAAUGUUCGUUAUACGAACCAUAGCCAAGAACAAGGUGAAACUAAACAAUCACACUGGAGUGCUCACAUCGGUUAUAAAGAGUAUUCCUUGUGUGCAUGCAUGUGAUGCACUAUCUCGGGUUAACAAGCCACCAGAAGACUUUUGUCAUCGCUUGCUAAGGAUGGAGUCAUACAGGGAAAUAUAUAAUCAUCAUAUUAAUCCAAUUCCUGGACAAUCAUUAUGGGAGCAUGCAGAAGAAUGUAACAGGCCACAUGUACCAAAAAUAAAGAGGAAACCUGGAAAACUACAGAUGAAGAGAAGGAUGAAUGCUGAUGAGAAGGGUGGUGGAGGAUCUAAAAAGUCUAAAACUGAUCCCAAUGGAGAUAAUGUUCAUCUAAAGAGGCAGUUGGGUCCCUUUACUUGCAGUUUCUGUGGUAAUAAAGGACAUACAAAGAGAUGUUGUAAGAAGAAGAGAGCUUGUGAUGCUGCUGCGGCUGCUGUUGUAGUUGCUGAGGCUGAUAAGAAGAAGAAAAAUAAAGGAGGUGCUCCUGCAUCUGAGCAGCAACUUCAGCAGCCUCAAGAUGAUGGUGACCAACGUGAUGGAGAAAACAAUCCUCUUGUGUAG